AUGCUGCGGGCGUGCUGCCUGAUAGAAGACUACAUACAACGUUUCGAGAUCACAACGCUCAAGGACGAGACGUGCUCCAUGGAUAACCCGAUGAAGGCGAGGACCACUUUUGGUCUCAUGCUCAAGGACGACGUGGUAGACAACACGCUGGUCGGAGGGUCAGCCCACAGACUUCUGAGGGCGGGAGACAGGAUAGUGAGGGUGGAGGGUCGUGCCUUUGACCUCCCUGACCUUCAUGCCUUGAUGCUUGGUGACGAUGUUCCUGGGUCGCAUGUUGAGAUCUCCGUGGCAGAGCCGUUCACGGGACGAGUGAGAGAGGUCUGCCUGCAGAGGAUGGAGAGUGGGAAGCUGGGGCUGAGGAGGAGGAUGUUUGAGCUCUUCACCUGCCGUAACAGCCCUCUGCUCUUUUUGUUGCGCCUGCUUACGCGGAUCCUCGCAGUGAAGCAUCGCGCCAGCAGCAGGGACGAUCAAGUCAGUCUCGAUGAGAUCCAGGAGUGCCUUAGCAUCUGGUCCAACCUCAUGGCGGCGGAGGAUGCGCGCUGGGGUGAGGUGGCGGAGAGUGUCAAGAGAUUCAAGAGGACGAUGCUGGACCUGGUCGCACAAGUGAAGAACGAGCUGAGGAGGCAGGAGGAGGUCCAGAAGCGAGAGCAGCUGCACUCCAUGGUGAGUGAAGGUUGGUUCAUGCGCUGUGAGACUCAGGCGACUGACAUGGCAGGCGGACGUGGUGCUGGCAAGGAGGAGACUCGAACGGAAAGAGCAGGAGCUUGCAGGCAGAAAAAGCAUGUUUGA